AUGGCUGCAGCAGUGCCUUACCGCAGUCUUGUGGUGUUGAUGUUUCAAGUGCUUACUUUUUUAGUCAGCGGGGAAUGGAAUACCAAAGAUUUCCAGAGAAGGGAACACAGCCUUGUCAAACCAUAUCAAGGAUCAGGACUGGGAGUCCCACAAUGGGACUUUUUGGGCAGCACCAUUGUCACCAACAACUACAUUCGACUCACCCCAGACAGGCAGAGUCAGAUGGGAGCUAUUUGGAACACUGUGCCCUGCUACGUGAGAAACUGGGAGCUGCAUGUACAGUUCAAAGUUCACGGAAGUGGCAAGACACUGUUUGGUGAUGGCUUUGCUAUCUGGUACACACGAGACAGAAUGAAAUCUGGUCCUGUGUUUGGCAGCAUUGAUAAUUUUGUUGGACUUGCCAUCUUCCUGGACACAUACAGCAACCACAAUGGCCCACAUAAUCACAACCAUCCAUACAUCUCGGCCAUGGUGAACAACGGAAGCCUGGGCUAUGAUCAUGACACUGACGGCACGCACACUCAGCUGGCUGGGUGUGAAGCUCAGUUCCGCAACAAGGACUAUGAUACCUAUGUGGCCAUCAGAUACGAGGGAACCACACUUACAGUAUCCACAGAUAUUGAUAACAAAAGUGGAUGGAAGGAAUGUUUCUCUGUGACAGGUAUCAAGUUGCCCGUAGGAUACUAUUUUGGCGUGUCUGCUGCUACUGGUGAAUUAGCAGAUAACCAUGAUGUUAUAUCCAUAAAAAUGUAUGAUCUAGAUACGGAUGAAGCUAGAUCAAAUGAUUCACCCUUAUACACUGGGUUACCAGAAGCAUUAUCUGCUGAAGCUCCACGAGACCGGGUGGACGACUCUAAAGGAUCGUACUUGCUGGGCAACCUGACCGGCUGGAAACUGCUGGUCAUCAUCAUCCUUCUGGUCAUCGGCGUGGGUGUCUGUGCCAUGGUGGGCAUCAUCAUUUUCCAGAAGCAGCAGGAGAAUUCUCGGAAAAGAUUUUAUUAG